CUUGCGCUUCCUUUCCGGGCUUAAUAUUUUAUUAUUAUUUUUUUCUCAACUGGAUCAUUCUCGACUUCAUGAAUCUCAAUUUGCAUUUGUAUCUUCCGUAUACUCGAUGAUCAAGUUUAUAGCUUUAUUGAGUUGCCAUCUGGGUUUUCUCUGUUCUGUUAUCCUUUCCUCAGCCAGCUCUUGCUCUCCCAUUUCUGUGACCACUUCCCUAUCUGACAGUUCUUUUCUCACUUGGAUUGCUUCCAUUUCUCACUUCUUUUCUCAAGCUUCUUCUUCUUUUAAAAAAAAUCCCCUUUGAUUUCCACUAUUCUGUUACUGACUUCUGCCCAUUUGGUUUAACUUUAUAUCACUACCUCUGUUUUGUGGUUUUCUCCCAACCCUCCUAGUUUUUACUUGUUUUUUCCGAAAGCUUGUAUUUGUUUCUACAUUUAUGUGCCAUAUUCGUCUCUCUCUCUCAUUUCGUCUAACACGGUGCUGAUGCUUUAUAGUUGUAAUUAUUUAUUCGUGCAGUUCUUUUCCGGGUUGAUCCAAUGACAGUAAAAUAAGAUAACAUUUAGAUUUAGGAACUUGGUGCUAAAUUCCGCGCAAUGAAUUGUUUCUACUACUUUAAGGACAAAUCCAGAGGCAGGGAACAAAGAUCAGCCCCAGAGUUGAAAGAGCAAAGAAAAUCCGAUUAUUCUGGAGCUGAUAGGGUCAGUAAGUCUUCAUGCUCGGCGUCUUCCCCGCGAGGUAUACCACAACUGUAUGAAGAAAAGGCUCAUGGUUUGCGUGUCUUCUCAUACUCGGAGCUCAGACAAGCAACAAAUGAUUUCAGUAGGCUUCUUAAGAUUGGGGAAGGUGGAUUUGGGAAUGUGUACAAAGGUUCAAUCAAGCCUGCAGAGGGAAAAGGCGAUCCAAUUGUGGUUGCAAUUAAAAAGCUGAAUGAGGAUGGUUUACAGGGCCACAAACAGUGGGUGGCAGAAGUUCAAUUUCUCGGUGUUGUUGAGCACCCUAAUCUCGUCAAACUCAUAGGAUACUGUGCUACUGAUGGGAGAAGAGGAAUCCAGCGAUUACUUGUUUAUGAAUACAUGGCAAAUAAAAGCUUAGAGGACCAUCUUUUCAGUAAGGCACGCGCAGCUCUUUCUUGGAAAACUAGAUUACAGAUAGUCCUGGGAGCAGCUCAAGGACUAGCUUAUCUGCAUGAGGGAUUGGAAGUUCAGGUAAUUUUCCGAGAUUUCAAAACAUCCAAUGUGUUGUUGGAUGAGAAUUUUGAACCAAAGCUUUCAGACUUUGGGCUUGCUAGGGAGGGGCCGAUGGCUGGGCAAAGUCAUGUUUCAACAGCUGUGGUUGGAACAUACGGAUAUGCUGCUCCAGAUUACAUCGAGACUGGUCAUCUGACAACUAAGAGUGAUGUGUGGAGUUUUGGAGUUGUACUAUUUGAGAUUCUUACAGGCAGGAGAUCAUUGGAAAGAAACCGCCCAAGGGCAGAACAGAAACUUUUGGAAUGGGUGAAACAGUUCCCUGCUGAUAGUAAAAAGUUCAGCUUGAUAAUGGACCCUCGACUGGAAAACGUUUAUUCUAGUAGUGCAGCUCGAAAAAUUGCAAAGUUAGCGGACAAUUGUUUAUUGAAAAGUGCUAAAGAUCGGCCAACGAUGAGUCAGAUAGUAGAGAGAUUGAAGCAGAUAAUUGAACAAUCCGAGGAUGGUAACCCUUCUGAGAAAAGUCUCGAGUCCUUUGAAGAUGACCCAGUUGAUUCGGAUAAGAAGAGGAAUCAAAUGGGGGCCUCAGAAUCAUGGAAAAGGCGGAUGACCCAACUGUCAAAACUGGGUGAGCAUGUGGAGGGAGCAAGUAGAAGAAGAUUUAUGAUAAUGCAGAGGGCCCAAGUGCCUUAAUAGCUUUAUUCCCACUCCCAAGAUUCAUUUUUGUCCAAUUUUAGGGUUUCAUGGCUGUUAAUAGCGUGUAAAGUGGUGGACAGAAACACAUCGGAUGAGAUAGAAAGUAUGUUAGAUUAUGGUUUUUUUUUUUGUGUACAGGUUACUGUUGGUGAAACAUAUUAUGGCAGGCUCUGUUUCCUUAA